AUGGCCGCCAGCCACUCGCCCUCGUCGUCCUCGCCUCCCGACGUCGUCCAUGACCUCGUCGCGAUCGGUUUCGGCCCUGCCGCCCUCGCGCUCGCCAUCGCGCUCGUCGAGCACAACUCGGACGCCCCUCGACCACGCCCGCCGACCUUCUCGUCCCUCGGUGGCCUCCAGGACGCGCUCGGGUUCAGCGUUGACGAGGCGGUGCGGGCUCGGCAAGGCGGCGAGGCCGCCACGCAGCGGCCACUGCGCUGUGCGUUCGUCGAGCGGUUCCCGCGGUUCCAGUGGCACCCGGGCAUGAUGCUCGAGGGCAGCCACAUGCAGAUCUCUUUUUUAAAGGAUCUGGCCACCCUCAGAAACCCACAGAGCGCCUACACCUUCCUGUCGUACCUCGCCUCGUUCACCCCGUCCCGCCUCGCCUCGUUCAUCUCGCUUUCCACCUUUACGCCCUCCCGCCGCGAGUUCGCCGACUACCUCCAGUGGUGCGCCAACAAGGUCCAGGGCGAGCUGCGGCAACAGCACGGCGACGUCGCGUACGGCGAGGAGGUCGUCGCCGUCGACGCGCUCCGCCCCGACGAGCACGGCGAGGGUGCCGGCGUUCGCGUCCUCAAGGUCACGUCCCGCGUCGUCGCCACCGGCGAAACGAUGACUCGCCUCACCCGCAACCUCGUCGUCUCGGCGGGCGGCACGCCCAAGAUCCCGCCGCAGCUCGCCGCUCCCGAGCUCGUCGCGACCGACCGCAUCCUCCACACGGCCCAGUUCCAGGACAAGGUCGACGCCAUCCUCCCGCACAUUGUCGAGGCGCGCAUCCGCGAGCGCCGCCCGAUCCGCCUCGCCGUCGUCGGCGCCGGCCAGUCGGCCGCCGAGUGCUUCCUCCACCUGCGCACCAAGCUCGCGCCUUUCCUCCCUGCCGACGCCGACUUUGAGCGACCGCAAGUCGACAUGCUUCUCCGCAACUCGUCGAUGCGCCCGACUGACGAGGGCCAGUUCUCCAACGAGGUGUUUGACCCGUCGAUGAGCCAGGCCAUGUUCAGGCUCGGCGAGGAGGAGCGAGAGCGCGUGCUCGGCGAGGCCAAGAGCACCAACUACUCGAUCGUGAACCCCAAGACGCUCGAGUCGGUCUAUACGACGAUGUACAGCCAGAAGGUCGAGGAGGACAUCGCUGCCCGCACGGGUACGGCGGCAAAGGACCUCGCCCACGACCCGCGCCUGAACGUCCGCCCCUACACCGAGAUCCGCGAGGCGCACGCCGUGUCGACCGAUUCGUCGUCGCCCGCCAUCCGCCUGUCGCUCUUCAACCCGAUCACGCGCGAGGCUCGCGAGGUCGAGUACGACGUCGUCGUCUGCGGCACGGGCUACGACCGCCAGGGGUGGCGCAACAUGCUCUUCCCGCCGUCGACCGCCUCCGAGACGAUCGCCUCCGAGCGCAAGGACGAGGCGACCAUCCCGCUCAGCGACCUGUUCGCGACCGGCACCGCCGACGACGAGCGCUCGUCCUCGCCGCUCGCCCUCCCGCCAUCGCUCGACCUCCCUGCAGCCGCCUUCUCGGCGCGCGUCGGCCGCAGCGAGGCGGGCAACAGCCGUGCCGCCUCGGUCGCGUCGUCGUCGGUCCCUCCCUCGGCCCGGUACGACUCGCCGUCGCGCUUCUCGACCAACCCGACCCCGUCCACCGCUGCGAGCUCGCCUCCUUCGCCCGCCUCGCCCGACCACGGCGUCAAGCGCACGUCGCCUGCCGCCAAGGCGCCCGUGUACCCGGUCGCCGAGAACUACCGCCUGCAGCUCCCGACGACGACCGCCUCGGGCAAGGAGUUCCGCCCGACCGUCUGGCUCCAGGGCGCGUGCGAGAAGACGCACGGCAUCAGCGACUCGCUCCUCAGCGUGCUCGCCGUCCGCAGCGGCGAGGUCGUGCAGUCGCUCCUCAAGGAGGGCUACUUUGGCGAGGGCGAGCAGUGAACGGACCCUCUCUUCAUCCACUUUCUAUUCUCUAGACUCUCUCUCUCGCCGUGUCGUAAUGUAGCUCGUCGUCCCCCAGC